GGUUACUGAAUGGAACGUGCAAUAUGAUGCAACUCUCCUGCUUGUUUUCCAGUUGGAUUACUGAGGCUGACUGGAGGGAUAUCUGUGUCUGAAUUCAGUUAUUUCACUUUCCUGCGUGGAUUAGUAGCCCAUUCGGAUGAAGUGCUGUUCUCUGGUGUCUCAGCUCAGUCCAAUGACUUAAGACUCUUGACCUGCAGAGAUGCCCUUUGACAAGUUAGCAUACUUGUAUUGUUCUGUCUCAGUUCUAUUUCUGGAUCACGAAGUCCAUUGGCUCAUGCAUCAAAAGUCUUCUCUUGGCAGCCACCGUGAAUGCAAGUAUUUCACAGGCAGGGCAACAUAUUGUUUCAGAAGACAAAGCUGAAUACAUUGGGGAAUGAUAUUUGAGGAUGCCAGCUCCCUGGCGAAUAUGCUGCAACAAAACCUCCAAAACUAAGAACAGAAAAGCUGAAAUGGACAAUAUGGCAGACACAAGUGGGAAAAUGCAGAUGAAAAAAGAAAUCACGUUACUAAAUGGAGUUUCUUUAAUCGUAGGGAACAUGAUUGGCUCUGGGAUAUUUGUAUCACCCAGAGGUGUUUUAAUGUACAGUGCUUCCUAUGGACUCUCCCUAGUCAUCUGGGCACUUGGUGGAAUGUUUUCACUGUUUGGAGCUUUGUGUUACGCUGAAUUGGGAACUUCGAUCGUUAAAUCUGGAGCUAGUUAUGCCUAUAUCCUGGAAGCAUUUGGUGCCUUUGUGGCUUUCAUCAGACUGUGGUCUUCCUUGCUAAUUAUUGAACCAACAACCCAGGCAGUGAUAGCAAUCACGUUUGCUAACUAUAUUGUUCAACCAAUUUUUCCUCAUUGUGAGCCGCCAUACGAUGCAGUCAGGCUGAUUGCAGCUGCUUGUAUUUCCCUGACUCUUGCCACUGUGGUGCAGAGGAAAUUCACUUCUGAAGAAGGCUCCAUGGUAGGACUUGAGACCAUCAUGAUCACUCAGCAGUCUAAAAGGCAAUUGGUACCUGCCAUUUGUACAGGAGAAACAGAAAACCUGAGAGCUCCAUUCGAGGGCUCAGCAACAGACCCGGGGAUGAUCGCGCUGGCUCUCUACUCUGCCCUCUUCUCCUACUCGGGAUGGGAUACGCUCAACUACGUCACCGAGGAAAUGCAGAACCCCAAGAGGAACCUACCUCUUUCUAUCGCAAUUUCAAUGCCUAUUGUGACUAUUAUUUACUUGCUGACUAACAUAGCGUACUACGUAGUGUUGGACAUGCCAGCUCUCCUCACAAGUGAUGCAGUGGCUGUGACAUUUGGCAGUGAAACCCUUAGUUAUGCUAAGUGGAUAAUUCCUAUAGCAGUGGCCAUGUCUUGCUACAGUGGCUUAAACUCCUCAAUAAUUGCAGCAUCUAGGCUUUUUUACGUUGGAGCCAGAGAAGGACACCUCCCUGACAGUCUGAGCUUGAUUCAUAUAAAGUGCUUCACACCAGUCCCUGCUCUCCUCUUCAAUGGCUUAAUGACUUUGCUUUAUCUGCUUGUGGAAGAUGUUUUCCUCCUCAUUAAUUACUACUGCUUCAACUACUGGCUCUUUGUGGGUCUGUCUAUUGCAGGACUGAUAUAUUUGAGGUAUACUCAGCCGCACAGACCACGGCCCAUUAAACUUAACCUCUUCUUCCCUAUCGUAUAUUGUCUAUGUUCCCUUUUCCUGGUCAUAGUUCCUCUCUACAGCGACACACUCAAUUCCCUUAUUGGCAUUGGUAUUGCCCUCUCAGCUACAACAACAAAAUAUGUUCAGAUGAUCUUCUACUGUGCUCUCUCAGACCGGGACAUAGACAUGGAACCUACAGCAGCGAAGAGUAAAUAGAGUUGCCUUGACAUUGAGAGUUGCACCUUGACAUUUUCUGUCUGGAGCAAUUUUUAUCCUUUGAAGUUCUCCCCGUGUCUGCAGAGAUACUAAAGCACUAGCCACUGCACUAGGCAUCAGUUUGAUGUCUGUUAAUUUGUGCUUGUUUUAUAAACCACUCUGUUUUAAAGGAGUUUUUAAAAAAAAUCUGGUUUAUGAUAGUGAGUUUUUAUGUAACAUUUUGAAACUAUAAAGCACUGUAUGAACAAACACUUAUUGGUAGGUAAGUUCUAAACCUUAGAUUAAUUGUGAAAUUUUAAUAUAAAGUAUUAGGUCUAGUCACAAUCCUAAAACAUAAAUUGAUAAAUCUAACAAAAGUAUGAACAAUAAAAAUGCACUAAAUUAAGGUAAAAACGAAGAUACUAGAGAUACAGGUUUUGCUUUUUGGAAGCCACAGCUUUCGAGCACUAAAAUCACUUAAGUAUCACAAUCAUAAAGCACAAAGAGGAAAGAAGACCUAGGGUGUAGUUUAGUUUGGCCAGUUCAGAACAUCCCCGUGUGCUCUUCACACAGACGACACGCGCCUCUCUUACACUAUAGCACCAUUUUGAUCCUGCUCUACAAUUGUACGGAAACAUUGUGCUUUAGC